CAUGCAAUUCGGACUAGAAGGAAAAACUCGAUGGCAGCGCUACGGCAAAAGUCAGAACUAGUUUAUCGCCAUAUUUUGUGAUGGCGACUGAUAUUUAUAGAUCGUAAGGGUGUUGUUUUUUAUCAAUAAUAAAUGCUCUAAAAUGGAGGAAACAAAAGUUAUUUACUACAUAGACGACGAGGAGACGCCGUAUUUAGUAAAAAUCCCCAUAUCCCCGGAGAAAGUGACGUUAGUAGACUUCAAGAACCAGUUGAAUAGGCCGAACUACAAAUUUUUCUUCAAAUCUAUGGACGAUGAUUUCGGUGUUGUUAAAGAAGAAAUAGUUGAUGACAACGCUCAUCUGCCGUGUUUUAACGGUCGUGUUGUGUCGUGGCUGGUGUCCGCGGAGGGCUCUAACCCGUCCGACGGAGCAUCACAGUGCACGGACAGCAAUGCAGGGAAAGCGAAGACUGCCGCCCACGGGGCUCCGUCGGCGCCUCUCACACGGGACACCUGCACGGAUACGGACAGUACGAUAAGUUCCCGCCCCGGCCACAGAGCGUCCUGCGACAAAUACAAAUACAGAGGCUUGAGAAUAAAUGGUCAUUCCAAGUACGGCAACCAUGGGUUGGAAUACGAGACCGCCUCUGUCCUUAGCUCUGACCUGGACUCUACGAGUCUCUUCGAUAGCCAAUCAGAGAUCACCACAACGACAGGGAGACACACAAACGCCUCAGUAGACAGAGCACUAACUGAAUGCAGCAGCGUAUCACAUUUACAAGUCAGUAACAGAAAAAGACCUCAACGGCGACGAAAGCGACCUCAAGUAAUGUCUAGAACCUCAUCCUACUCAUCUAUAACGGACUCCACAAUGUCCAUGCACAUUAUAACGGUGACAUUAAACAUGGAUACAGUGAAUUUUCUUGGUAUCUCAAUAGUGGGGCAGUCAAAUAAGGGCGGGGAUGGUGGGAUCUAUGUUGGGAGUAUCAUGAAAGGAGGUGCGGUGGCCCUGGACGGAAGAAUAGAGCCAGGAGACAUGAUACUGCAGGUUAACGAUGUGAACUUCGAAGACAUGACGAACGAUGAAGCAGUGCGUGUGCUAAGGGAGGUGGUGCAGAAGCCGGGGCCCAUCAAGCUGGUGGUUGCCAAAUGCUGGGACCCCAACCCGAAGGGGUACUUCACCAUACCAAGGACCGAGCCCGUCAGACCUAUUGACCCUGGCGCGUGGGUGGCGCACACGCAGGCGCUGCGGGAAGCGUACCCGCCGCCGCCGCCGCCGCUGUCGGCGCUGCCGGGGCUGGGCGCGGGCUCGGAGCGCGGCGCGUCGGACGCCAGCACGCUGCCCGCCGGAGGCCUGGAGCCCCAGCUGUCCGUCAGCUGCGACAUGGCGCUGGUGGUGCGGGCCAUGCUCCGGCCCGACUCCGUGAGCACUCUUGUCUUACUUAUUUCUCUAUGUCCAGGGCUAGAGAUCCGGGACAGAAUGUGGCUCAAGAUCACGAUACCGAACGCGUUCAUCGGGGCUGACGUGGUGGACUGGAUCCUGCAGCACGUGGCCGGGAUCGCAGACCGACGGGACGCCAGGAAAUACGCCUCGCACAUGCUCAAGGCGGGGUUCAUUCGGCACACAGUGAACAAGAUCACAUUCUCCGAACAGUGCUAUUAUGUUGGCGGCGAGCUGUGCUGCGACAUGGCGGCGUUGAGGCUGCGUGCCCCUGACGCUGACAGCUUGGCCAGCGACACUCUAGCCCCUUUACCCAACCCCCACAUGAUGGGACCCGGCUACCUGCCGUACGCUGGCUCGUACGGAUACCAGCCGAUCCCGUUCAAAUACACGUCCUGUGUCACUAGCGAGCACACCAUAUACGGGUACAACCGCGAGGAAAGCGUGCUGUCUGGUAGCGGGGGCUCUAGUGCGGGCUCGGACCUCACGACCAAGGAACACGCCGGCACUCGGGAGAACGAGGCCAAGUCCGCAUCGUCCGGGUCCGGGGCUUCGGUGGCGGCCGAGGGCGGCGCGGGAGCGGGACAGACGGGCCGCCGCUCCCACUCGCACUCGAGCGGCUCCGAGCGCGCGCAGGACCGCCCCGUGCUCUUCCUGUAACGGACUGAGCUCUGAACGCUGCCAAAUAUAGGACGCUGCGCCCGCAUAGCGCAGUACGUAAGUGUCACCAUCAUGGCAAUAAUAUUUAACUAUUGUAAUAGUGAAACCGGUAGACUGGUGUCGACAUUUCAAAUGGG